CGUGUCGGCGCUCACACACGAACGCACGGCACGCGCGUGCGGGAGGCUUGUCCCCCUGGCUCUGGUUUCGUUUGCGCCACGCGCUGGGUUUGGACUGUGGCGCUUCAGAGUCACGGAGCAGAGCCGAGUUUGGGUAUGUGCUGCACCACUCUCACGGCGAACGGGAGCGGAAACUCUUCCAGCCCCGCUUCGGCAGAGAUAGACCGUCGACGGCUGGGGCGAUCUCUACACUGCAACCAAGUCGCGCUGCCAAGCAGCCUCGCCGCCAACAUGGAGAGCAACUGCCUGUCCUGCGUCAAAUACCUGAUGUUCUUCUUCAACUUUCUCAUCUUCCUUGGAGGCGCGGCGCUUCUGGCAGUCGGCAUCUGGGUGGCGGCCGACCCGCGUGGCUUCCGGGAGAUCGUCGCGUCCAACCCGCUGCUGUUCACCGGCACUUACAUCAUGCUGGCAGCGGGGGUGGUGCUCUUCCUACUGGGAUUCCUGGGCUGCUGCGGCGCCAUCAGAGAGAGCCGUGGCUUGCUCAUGACGUUUUUCGUGUUCGUGCUGCUCAUCUUCAUCGUGGAGCUGGCGGGAGCCGUGACGGCCUUUGUCUUCAAAACCCGGCUGAAUGAAGAUUUUUUCAAGAAUGACCUGAAAAAGCAGUACCGUGGAGACAACAACACAGAUGUUUUCUCGAAGACUUGGAACACCAUCAUGAUUUCACUGAAAUGCUGCGGAGUGAGUGGCGUGGACGACUUUGGGAAGGACUCCGUCUUCCAUGAGCUCUACCAAAUGCAGCCCAUGCCGGAGGCCUGCUGCAAGCGGCAGAUGAACGGUCAGGAGGGUCACUUCAUCAACAAGACCAGGUGCUUCAGCCAAGACCCUGACUUCUACAACAAAGAGGGCUGCUACCUAACCAUGCUGAAAUCCUUCCAAAUGUACGUGUACAUGGUCGGCGCGGUGGGAAUCGGAGUGCUGGCCAUAGAGCUCUUCGCCAUGAUCUUUGCAAUUUGUUUGUUCCGGGGAAUCGAUUGAAGCCUCGUCGACGCAACUCUGCUCACCGCGUGGAACCGCCACGGGGCCCACCACAGAUAACGGAUCGACGAGGAUAUAUUUUUUAAAAUCACAACUAGCUUCGAAGCUGUGUCGUGUGCAAUUGCGUUUUAAUUUAUUGUGUAUAGAAUGUAUUUGUACGAUGGUUGAUUGUACAAAUGAGUGGAAAUUUUGUCCAAGCGUGCUGUCGCACCAUUACUUGGACGCUAGGGAUUUAUUUACCAUUUUUACUAGUUUUUUUUCUCUGGGUAUCCAAUUUAAUCUAAUGUAAUGUUACCGAAAUAUACCUUUUUAAAAUUUUCGGUAACAAAAAAUAUUUAGAGUAACUAAGUACAUUUUAAUGAGUAACGUUUUUGUUGAUUACAUUCAACACACAUGGAGGCAAUCCACGAUCAUCUUACUUAACAUCUGGAAGCUAUCAUUGUAAAUAGCUCGCUCCAAUAGAUAACGAUUUGAUUAAACACUGGUUAUAUAACACAGGCUCUACUCGUGUGAAAAGCUGCCGAAAUUAAGAGGUGAAAGUAUGACAUGGAAUUAAUUUGUAUACUUUAUUUUGAUCUCUGGAUAUCUAUAUUUAGUUACCUUAAAUAGACACACAUGCUAAGGUUUUGUUAGCAUGCUUUGAAAGCACUUAGUUUGCCUUUUAUUUUACGUUCGUGAUGUAGUGUUCAAUUGGUAACAGAUACAUUUUGAGUCAAACUAAAGUAUUUAAAGAUUUGCAAUACUGCAUUUUAAUUCAAAGGCAAUAUUACAAUAAACAUGGAAAGCCUGUACCAAAAAUGUAAUGAGUGACAAUUAAAGUUUCUUGUUUGCCAAAUACACUCUUUUCGUGUGCAUAAGAAUUGUAACAAGCUUACUUAAUAUACCUUGCUGUGGAACGUAAGAAAGUCCAAGAUAGAAAUAAAAACGUAAAUAUAUGUUUAUAAAUAAAGGUUUCGCCCAGGUAAUAAAUACACUAUUACAUAAUGUUAAAUAUGCCAUAUAAAAAUAAAGAAUAUUUUUUUCUGCAUUAGAAAAUAAAUAAUUUGCUAAGCCACUGUUAUAAUUUCAUUACUUCUGUUCUUUAUCACAGUAGUCUGGGAGAAGACCUUUGAAAUAAUGAAAUCUGCUGUAGUAUUCUGAGAGCUCAUAAUUAUAAUAAUUCAGUAAUACUCUUGAGAGAUUGAAGCAGAACAAACCCGCCAUUGAAAUCCAAAAAGACAGGACGCGGAUGUGAUGUGGAUAUGUUGAUAUCUUCAAUGUGUCUCACCGGGACAUCUUGGGAUUGCCUUAUGGGAGGUCUGACUCGUAACGGAUUUUUUUGGUUUGGCAAUAGUCCGAAAGUGUGUUGAUGGAAAAAUGCAAAA